CAUCUACAGAGCAAAACAGAGAGAGAGAGAGAGAGAGAGAGAGAGAGAGAGAGGUGCUGGGGUUUGAAUUGGAUACCAAAUGGGUGCAUAUGGUCGGCGAUUGUUGACCAUUCUGGUAGCAACUACUACAAUCCUGCUUCUUAACCCAUAUGGAUGUGCUGGUUCUGAGCCGGUAACGGUGUCACUUUACUAUGAGACUCUAUGCCCCUACUGUGCAGAUUUCAUAGUAAACCAUUUGGUGAAGCUGUUCCAGAACGGCCUAAUCUCCAUCGUCAAUCUCAGGAUGCUUCCUUGGGGCAACGCGUGGCUCAAUCCUGACGGUUCUUUCGUUUGCCAGCAUGGAGCAGAUGAAUGCUUGCUGAACACAAUUGAGGCCUGCACCAUUUCUACUUAUCCUGAUGUGACCCGUCAUUUUAGAUUCAUUUACUGCGUGGAGCGGCUCACAUUGCAGAACAGGCACAAUGAAUGGGAAAAAUGCUUUGAAAUGUCAAAUUUGGGUACUGAACCCAUUGAUUGCUACAACAAUGGAUAUGGGACUGUGCUCGAAAACAAAUUUGCCAAAGAAACUUCCAAGCUCAAUCCCCCACAUAGAUUUGUUCCAUGGGUGGUCGUGAAUAAUAAACCACUCCAAGAGGAUUUCGAAAACUUUAUGGCAUAUAUUUGCAAGGCUUACAAGGGCAAUCCCAAACCAGAGGCUUGCAGAUCACUUCAAUCUCAGAUUGAUUCAACUGAUGAGGAAGAAAAUUCAGAAUCUGAAGUUUGUUAUGUUGGGGAAAGUAGAAACUUUACUUCAUUAGAUCUAGCAGAAAAAAUUCCAAGAUGAUGAAAAUGUUAAUGGGUAUUCCUCUUUAACUUAUAAAAAUGGAACAUUAGCCACUUGGCAUGAUUUAUAUGGCUUGUCCAAUUAUGUCUAGGUUCAGAAUGAACUGAUUUAGCUUUUCAGUGGUAUAAAUGUGUUUUUCUGCUCAA